UUUCCCAGCGCCCAUCUCAGAACCCACAGCCAACAGCAGCCAUGCAGAGCGCCCAGAUGAGCAAUUCAUGUGAGAGCAGUCAAAACACGACCACGUGCAAUGGGAGCGUGGAGGUUUUCCGAUCCUGCUUGAAAGAAAAGUUGUGUGAAUCAGAAAACAGCUCAGCAGGGGACUCCGGGUGCAGACUCUGCCCCAUGCACUGGAUACCGCACAGGGACAAGUGCUACUGGCUGUCUGAUGGGAGUACGUACUGGAGCAGGAGCCGGGAUGACUGCACACAGAGGAGAUCUCACCUGCUAGUGAUCCAGGACCAGGAGGAGAUGGCAUUCAUACAGAAUAUUACAGGAGAUCAAAAUCUAAUGUGGAUUGGACUCAAUGUCACACUUCCCGGGAAGAACUGGUCCUGGGUGGAUGGUUCCCCCUUAAAUCAAACACUAUUCACGGUAUCUGGGCUUGUGGAUGAGAGGAGCUGUGCUGCAAUAAAGAAGCAUGGGAUAGAGUCUGAAAUCUGCAACACUGACCUGAAAUGGAUUUGCCAGAAGAAAGCUGUGAUCCUUUAAACAGGUGGCUCAUAACCCCUGAUAGCAGACAUGGAAUACAGAACCUACUGCGUGUUCCUCUUUCUUUCGGCCUACAAACCCUCAGGAGGUAUCAAUCUGGACAGUGCCGAGAAAGUGAGGGGUGCGAUACUGACGUAUUCCAGUUGGGAGUCUGGGCCCAUUGACUCCAAUGGAGUUAGAG